CCUGCACAAUCCUGGCUCCGUAGCCUGGGACUCAAGUGGCGCGAGCGAGCCACAAUUACAGCAAAACUUCGCCCCCACCUGCUUGACUUUUCUUGCGUGCAGACAGCAGCAGAAGGCACGUGGUGUUCAUCACCAUAACAGCAGCUUUGAGCGCACAGCUGCAUUUGUACGCUGAUUGCCCUGAACCAGAGCGGUAGAAGAGGACAUCAUUGGAGGAGGAGCUCCCGAUUGUCUUAAAUCAGCUCAGAAGUUGGAAAACAGUGGACAAAAGAGUAACUGUGGGGUCAUGGUCUGGAGCGACAUGGAAUUUCAAGUCCUUCUGCUGAUUUUGUUCCUCUGUUUGACUUCAGAAAGAUGUGAGGGCAAAGUAAACCACAAACCAUCAACAUGCGGAUAUCCUCCAUCGCAGUGGUGCCGAAGUUUGGAAAUAGCUGUUGAGUGUGGGGUUCAGAAGCAGUGUCUGGAGCUGAAUGCCACGCGGCCCAACUCUGCAGCGCCCCCAGUGGAGGUGACCCUGUACUACGAGAGCCUGUGCCCUGGCUGCAGGGCCUUCAUCACUCAACAGCUCUACCCCACCUGGACACUUCUCAAGGACAUCAUGAGGGUCAACCUGGUGCCCUACGGCAACGCCCAGGAGAUGCAGAAUGCAGUCAUCUGCCAGCAUGGGGAGCCGGAGUGCCAUGCCAACCUGAUUGAGGCGUGUAUCCUGCACAUGGCCAGCCAUGAGGCUUUCCAUGUCAUCAACUGCAUGGAGGCCGCCUCCUCGGUCCUGCCUGCUACCCAGCCUUGCUUGCAGCUGUUUGCACCAUCCGUCAGGUGGGAGUCCAUCUCUGCAUGUGUCAGGGGUCCCCUUGGACACAGUCUGAUCCACGAGAACGCUGCCAAGACCCGAGUGCUGAAUCCGGCACACACACACGUGCCCUGGGUCACCUUCAAUGGG